UGUUAUAUCCGGAGUGUUUAGAGCAGCAAAAGCCUUAAAAGUUUAUUUCUAAAAUUAGCAGUGCACUUGUGCCUGUUUGAUCGGGUGUUAGUGAAGAAACUGUGCUAGAGUGACCACUAGCAGCUGUAGGCUCCAUUCCCCCUUGGCUCAGAGUGAGACAUCAGAGUGUAACGAAAAGAGCAGUCCAUCCAUUACCUAUCACUGACUGUGCCACUAAGUACAUGUCAUGUGGCAGGUCUUUGCACUUGGUGUGCAAGGCUCUCAUUUCAAAGGGGAGGGGUAGAGAGAGUAGACUGCGACUGCUUUUGCAGGUCCCUCUGGCUCUUGACUGUCUCUAAGUCUGGUUCUCCUUGGCACUGAGAGACUUCCCAUAAAGUCUCCUUUGACCUAAUGAUUUAAAGCUUCUAGUAACCUGGAGCUGCACACAGAGACACGUAACAUGCAUGCUUGGAGCCUUUGACACUGAGGGGUGAAUUUAGAAUGUCCUUUAUUGAUUUCUAUGAGCAGGAGCCUAUCUCAGCACAGUGCUAGCGUGUGAGCAUGUGAGUUCAGAGGUAUGGUCUGAGAUGCAGAUGUUAGCCAGCCAUAGCACUGUGUGCUUAUUUAGAUAUUAUUUGUAUUCAUUUGUUUAACGUUUUACUUUGUGGAACUUCUCUUCUGCAGUUCACAGCAUUAACAAACGGAUACGGUUUUCAUCCUAAAAUGUUGUGUAAGCUACAGAGAGCUGUAAUGACCAAAAACUGAUAAUACCAGCUUUUAAAUUUUUACUGUGACUUAAUGAGUAAUUCUUAAAGUAAAUUAAUUAGAAACCACUUUAUUCUAACAGGAAAUGUGAGAUGAAAUUUGGAUGAAAUAAGACCCACAAAACUUAGUUUAACCCUUUGGUUUCCACUUUGUUGUUCUGACUUCAUAUUACAGUAAAUUGUAAACAUAGCAAACUCUAAGCAAAGCCAUGUACGUUAGAUCAUAUGUCUGUCCAGAACUCAGCUUAGCCACUGUCUUAGCUUCUGUUUCCUUCUUUAUUGCCAAAUUUUGUCAUUAGCUUGGGCUUGGGUAUUUAAUAUGUACAUGGCCUGUGUUGCCCAAACUAGCACCUGGCAGUAAUCCAAGCACUCAGGAGGCUGAGACAGAGCAGACCUUUGAGGUCUUGUUACAUCUGAGACCCUUGUAACAUAUUUAGCUGAGGUGUAAGGUAAUUGAAAAUCAACUUGAUAUCAUGUGAAUAUGUAUUAUAUAACCUUAAAACAUUUAAUGAGUCUCAAUUGCUUUAAGGUUGUAGAAACAGUUUUAUUCCCUGUAUUUAUAUUUAAAGACUUAGACCUUUAAUAACAAGCUUUAAUUAUAAAUACAAUCAUAUAUAACAAUUGAUUAAAUUAUUUAAUGAUCAUUUAUGGAAAUAAUGGACAGUUAAAGUUGGGGCUUUUUUUAAAUAGUUUACUUUUUUCUAAAUUGUAUUUUAAUUGGUCCUGAACAUUUUCUUACAAAGAUGUUUUAAUUUUAGUGGGUAGCUUAAUCCUUUGAGCCAUUAAAUAUCUGUCACUAUGUCCUUUUUUUUCUUUUAAGUAGGUAUCUUAAAAUGAGUAUCUUAUUUACAAUUCUGUCCUUGGUUACAGGACCCUCAAGUGUCUCUUUUCUACCAGGUGUGGCUGAGCAUGGCCUCGAGUGCCAGUCUGUCCCCCAUCUCAGUACAGGAGCCACCCCCUCGAGACCCUGCACUAUGGUGACUGCCCUGGACUGAGCUCUCACAUUUUUUUGGAAGGAAAUUUAGCUUGAACUACCUAGGCAAAAGCAACUCUUAAAGAAGUCUUUGGCCUGGAUUUAGGACACGAGUAGUCAUCAUUUAUUGCUAUUGCGUAUGUGGUUAUUUGGUUUAUAAUCUAGAGAAAAUGUCGUGUUUUCCAGUAAGCGAAAUUGAAAACUGCUUCUUGGUGUCUCCUGCACAUUCUUAUAACUCAUCUGCCUAGUCUGUGCACAGGCAUUUACACCUCCCAAACAGCAGGGGCCGAGCGAGCUCUGCACGCCCUGCACGGUGCUGCUCACAUGGCCAGUGGAGUUUGCCCAAACACCAAAGCACUUAGAAUCUCUUAACACAUUUCCCAUUUCAGAAUGAAUGGGUCAUAAUUAUUCCUUCACUCUAAUCUAUCAUAUUUAGGAAAUUAAAAACUUUCCUUCUGUGACUAGGUUAAAAGCUGCCUCAUACUGCUAUUUUUAAAUUAAUGACUUGGCUUUUAAUUCCUACUCUGCUUUUUAUGUAUCUGCUACAUUAAAGUGGCCAAAGACUAAAGUUGUGCUUUUUUUGGUCAUCAAGUAGAGGAGGGUAAUUGCUCAGUGUCUGUGGCUAGGAUGGUUUGUUAUGUGACUGACUUGUUAAUAUAGGUUGCAACUGUAAGGUAACACAUUUCAGCAGCUGUGCAUCGUAUUAAAUUUUCUAGCACCACACGUGAGUAUGUUGAUGGACUUUUGUUUUCUUCUCUUAAUUUAAAUCUUGAGUUUUGGUGCCAAGUUAUCUUCCCACAUGAGCUUCUCCCUCUGACUUCUGUGGUAGUUGUCAGUGCUUGCCCCCAUUGACACCGAAGCCCAGAUACACACAUGACAUCUGUGUACUCAAAGGGACUGAGCUGUUUCAGCAUGCUGGGCUGUGGCCAGUCUGAUUUGCCUGUGCUGGCUGCUGACUCUGCUCUGAGAGUCUGAGUAGAAAGGCGAGAGCCAGCAUGGCCAGCAGCUCUUUCCUCUGCUAGAAGAGUAGCUAGGAGAGUAGGUGGAGUCAGUGUGACUGCAAAAGAACAGAAAUUUGCUAUUCAUGAUUAAAGCCUUUUAGCAUUUUAGGUAACUUUACUUCCUUGAGGAGAAGGAUGUUUCCAAGUCCACCUAAUAUUAAAAUACUAUUUCCCCCACUCUGGGUAGAACUAAGGUAUGCACACAUGCAUAUUGUGCUUUUUUCUGAUUCAGUCUCACAUGAUGUGGGAGGCAGGGCUGAUACCAAUCUUCCCCUCUUUAGAACAUGACUUCAUUCAUUAGAAGUUGUGUGUAUUAUUGUAGAUGGGGUGGGCAACCUUUGAAAAAUUUACUGUUAAGCCAACAGUGCUCUCUGCCCACUGCCCACUAGACAGCUGAAGCAGCAGCAAUGGGCGGAGAUGAGCAGGGUCUGUGGUUCAUCGUAAGAUGGUCCUUCACCUCCUAAGGAGAUGAGCUCAGUUGUCUCUUGACAGAAGUGGCUGUAGGCCACAGUUUCAGGCUACGGUGGAGCUGUUAGGCUCUUCUACUUAUGAAGCAGGGGUAUUUGCCCUCUCCUGGACUCCGUCUAGAGGCCGGGCUAUCACCAGGACAAACACAUAUCAUGAACAUCUUUAUUUAAUGUUUUAUGUCAGAAGCUCACUUGUAACUUUUUUUCAGGACCAAACCAAGAUUUACUGUGUUAGCCAUUCACUUCUGAUGCUGAAGGUUAAUUCAUCUUGAUGUAUUUGUCCUUCAGAACAGUGAUCCCAUUAGAUGUCCCAGCAUUGUGACUGCAUGGGUCUGCUUUAGCACUCUCCACCCUCACAUGUUGCCCUUUUUCUGAUUGUCCCUACCACAGAUUCUCUGGUCUUGCUGCUGCUUUUCCCUCCGUCCAGGAACUGCAGGAUGGAGGCAGCUGUGUGGAUCUGCCUACAGGCAAAAGCAGUCAGUGUAUGACAGGGCCCUAGAGGUGACAGACAUAUCUUUAAAUUACUUUAUGAAUAACUGAAAUAAGAAGUAGAAUUCACUUUCUUUAACUGUUGCUUUUUAUUUUUAAUUGGUGCUUUAAAAACCAACAAUUUCCAAAUACCAAUUUCCUCUCUGUUAGAUCAUACUGGAACAUGCAAAAUAUCUUAAUGUGUGCAAGCAUAAUUGUGAUUCACUUGCAAUGCUAAAUGUCCUCAGUAAUGUUGAACCUGAAUUGAAAACUUGGCACCAAAUUUAUUGAGGUAAAAACUUGUAAAAAAUAGUGUCUUCCCACUGUUGCCUGAAGAGUGCAUUGGUGAAAGUCUUCAUGGUGAUGUUUUGGAUACCAAAGGGUUAAGGAUGCACUUGUUUUUAUUUCUUUACUGCAAUAACAGAUGUUUGCUAAUGUUUUGUCUGUUGAAAUGGACAUUUAGUAAAUGUUUUUAUUUUAUCUUUUUUUAAUGACUCCAUUUAUUUGCUUAUUUCCAUCUAGGAAUAGUUACUAAUGUAUUUGCGAUACAGCAUACAAAUUUUAAAGUAACCAGAAUCGUGAGUUGGUUUUUAGUCCAUACUGUUAAACUUUUGUUGAAAUAUUGACAUAAAUUGGCUUCAUGCUAAAGUACCAGAGGUAACUCUUAAAGUCAGCACGAAACAGUCAGGGUGGCCACCCAGUGGCUUAGCUCUGUGGCUGCUCCUGCACCUCAUGUGUGUGUAUGUAUUUUUAAUCUAGUGUUGCCUGCAAAUGUGAUCCCUUAUGAUUGACGUUUCCUGUAUAUGAACCAUGCCCGUUUUAAGUCACGCAGAAGAUUCUGAAUCUAUAAAAACUACACAUGUCAAUGUUUUACAGCUACGUAAUUCGAAUUGACUUGGUUUUUUCAAGUAAUCCUAGAAAGGGGGAGCAUUCACAUAGAAACUGCUGAAACUGCCACAGGUGCUUCUCCGAAACCUUACGGUUGUGGCAUUGAAUGUUCAGUAUGGCUUCCCUUCUGCACACAAGCAUACUGUUGAGGUAUUUGUUGCGGUGAUUGGUUUUAAUGCUAAUCUAGGAAUUCAGAUAUAGAUUCUUUAGAUUUGCAUGCUUUGCUUACCCUAAUUUAUGAUAUCUACUUUUUAUUUGUAAACUAACAAUAGCUAAAUUCAGAUCAGAAUUUUAACAGAAAUAUUAUUUAUAUAAAAUUGUGGUUAUUUUUUAUUGUCACAUGGCAUUAGCACAAAGUAUUACAAUGGUGAUGUGACACCUUGAGUUCUGAAAACUAGACAUUUCCUGAUCUGUUGUUAUUUAAAGGAAACACUCAUUGGAAUGGCUUCUCUAUUCUGGUAUUGUGACACUGUAAGUGGAAAAUCAGAGGAGUAGCUGGUCUUUGUGACAGUCACUUCUAAAGUUCCUUGAGAGUAAUUCUUGUGUAGCUUAAGUUUAACACUCCAUUUAAAAUGCUCUUAAAGAAAAUUGUGCUUGACCGUUUGACUCAUUUUUGCCACUUUGGCAAAAUAUUUAAUUUGUAGCUCCCAUGUGCUAGUUUCCUGAUUCUGAAAGAUUAGCAGGAGAGCUGAGAAUGUAGCUCAGUGGCUUAGAGCUUGCUUAGCAUGGAGAAACAUAGGUUUGAGCUCAGCAUUGCUGAGGACAGCCUGGCCAGGAAACUGUCUUUCUCUUGGUGGGGAUGCAGAGCUGGGAUUGGCGGGCAGGAGGAGUCUGUUUGCUGCUAAGCUCAGUCUGCAGCAUGGACAUCCAACCCUGCCAACUUCCUUCUCAAAGUUGCUUUCAGUGCUUUUUUAGCAAGACUAGAAUUGUAAUAGACUCCCUGGUUCAAUAUUUUUAUAUGAGUAUUAGGACCAGAGAACAGAUAAGGUCACUCUUUAAAAGUGGCCACUUCUUUCAGUGACCUCCUUAGCCAUACACACUCUGGUAAAGGUUCUGAAUCACAGGCUGAGGGGUGGGCUGUCAACAAGCACUUGACCCAAGACAAAGUAGACACGGAGGUCAUCAACGAGCUGUCUGAUUCACUCGUGUGCCCGCCUCCCAUGGAACUUUAGGAAGUAGGAUGGACAGCUGAAAUUACCUCCUUAAACCGGGAGCUCUGCAUAGAGCUCAGUUGACUUGGAGUAUUCUACCCAAGAUCACUGUCUCACCUGUUAAAACACUGAAGUUGAAAUGUGAGCUAAUAAAGCAAGCAUCUGUGAAAACAGAAUUUUAAGACCCAAGCUUUUUUCAUUAAAAAUUAGUGUUUUGACAGUUAAGAGUGUAAUUCAAAAGUAGAGUGCUUAUUGUGUGUGUGGCCCAGGAUUUGAUCCCCAACACUACCCAAAAAAGGACAAAUGUUUUCAGGGACUAUAAUGAGUUAGUGCUUUUUGUAACUUUGAUGUGGAAGCCCACAUACUUUGAUCUCAUAAAUCACUUAAGUUUUUAAAAGUAAUUGGAGGUCCUCAGCAGCUCUUGCUCUAUGUAUUCUCUGGAUUAGGUGCUCCCUGGUCAUCAGUUCAAGCCAGCUGCCUGUGGAGGUUUUUGAUUUGAAUGGACAAGAGUGAGGGCCUCACCCAGGAAUAGAGAGGGAGUACAAAUGCUGAGUGGGGGUGAGCAAGAGAGGAAACAGGACAUUGGACAGAGGACAAGUGGAAGGUGGUGGCUGUGUUCAGUGUGCCAGCACUAUCACACAGGUCCUUCAGCUGAGUGAGGGACCUAUUCUCUGUAAUACCUCAUGGUACUGCCACUCAAAAUUGAGCAAAAUCAUUGCCUUGACAGGCACUGUGUAGCAAAGACUCGGAUAUGUCAAGUACACCUUGUAGAACUUUUGUUUCCUAUUCAUGUUUACCUGUGGUCCUUGAAAAUUAUGUGAGAGGCUUAGCUUGACCACUGGCUCUGCUUGCUGAUGCAUAGAACAGCACUCUCUUCUCUCUCUCUCUCUUUCUCUCUCUCUGGUUUUGGUUUGUUUUGAGCUUCCUUAAGUUCGAAAGUUAGGGCCUUUAAACACACAGAAGUUGCUUGGCUCUGGUGUAGAGGAAAUCUUUGAUGUUGACAGCUACAUGGGUGAUCAGGGGGCAAACUCUUAGCUCACUAUAGUUUAUGUUGGAGAUUUCCUUGUGCUUACUUUCCCUACUGUUGAAUGUUGGACUCUUGUUUUUAUAUUCUUUGAUUUUGAUGGACAAGAACAUAUUUAUCAUUUGGGGGCUAGUGAGAUGGUCCAGUGAGUUCAGUCCCCCAGAACCCAUAUAAUGAAAGAAGACAAUCUUUAACAAGUUGUCUUCUGGGGUUGGGGAUUUAGCUCAGUGGUAGAGCGCUUGCCUAGCAAGCACAAGGCCCUGGGUUCGGUCCCCAGCUCCAAAAAAAGAAAAAGAAAAAAAAAAAAAAAACAAGUUGUCUUCUGAUCUCCACAUAUAGGCUAUAAUACACACACACACACAAAUGUAACAAAAUCGAUCAUCUUGUCUAUAAUGUUGCUCUUGAUUCUUUCAAAUUCCGGGGAAGUUUACAUUUAUCACAUAGCAGUUUGCGUCUUGAAAAAGUAGACAUGUCUAGAUCAUCUUUACUCUGCUGUCUGAUAAGCUCCACGUGGUUAUAAGAACCGUAAGCUGUGUGCACUUAAUACUUUAAUGACAAGUGGGCUCAUAUAUCUGUAAAGAUGCUGAAUGGCUACAUCAGAACUCACAGUGCUGAAGACUUAAUAUCAAGUUUAGUUUCUAUUGGUCCUCUGUACGUAAUUGCUUUUUAUUUUUAAGAAAGUGCUACUGGUUUCUGGGAUUCUCAAGUCCUGCCUCUUGGUAUCUCAUUAAGCUGGACUUGAGGGCUGGGGAGAUGGCUCAGUCAGUAUAGUGCACGUUAUGCAAGUUUGGAUCUCCAGGGAUUAGGAAGACAGGGAGAUCACAUAGCUUACUGUCCAGCCACGUCAAUGAAUUCCAGGUUCAGUGGGAGGCCCUGUCUGCAAGAACAAGAUGGAGAUUGAAGAAGACAGUCAGCCUUUACUGCAAGCACCACACACUAACUCCACCUGAGUCUGUUUCAGAUACAUAUUUCCUCUCUCCCUCCCCCCCACCCACCCCCGCCUCUCUCAACUAGAUAUGUUUAAUGAGUAUCUAAAACUUUCUGAGGUUGAAGCUUCAUGCAUGUGACCACUGACUGGGAAUAGAGUACAAGGCUGUGAUUAUCCUUGUGAACUAAGAACCAUUCUUUGUCCCUGAGUCUAUAGUUAUUUUUAAGUUUGUUUAUUUGUUUGUUGCCUUAACAGUAACCCUAACAAGCGCAAGCAUCAGGGUUUGGAUUGCUCACCUCUGAUACAAGGCGAGGCCUUCAUUUCAUCACGUCUUGGUUGGGCGUGAAGAGUAGCUGGCUGAAUAGCCUGAGAAAUGCCAGUGGCCUGACAGCAGCAGACAUUGCACAAACCCAGGGUUUCCAAGAGUGCACCCAGUUUCUCUUGAGCCUCCAGAACCAUCAAAUGAGCCGUUUCUGUCCUAAUGGCACCUUGAGUGGAGGUCAUGAGAACAUACUUCCCAAUCACAUUAACCUGGGAACCAAUCGAAAGAGAUGCUUGGAAGACUCAGAGUCUUUGGGAGUGAAGAAAGCUAGAACCAGAGUUCCAAGCCUGGAUCACACCAUGCCUCUAGCAAAUGGUGAUGCUGAAGACGACGCUGACAGGAUGCACGUUGACAGAGAGUUUGCCGCUGUAUCAGAUAUGAAAAACAGUAGCUCCGUGUUGAAUACACUGACAAACGGAAGUGUCAUCAAUGGACAUUUGGACUUCCCCUGCGUGGCCCAGCUCAAUGGGAUGGAGAGCAGGAGUGACCCGUGCUUGACAGGAUCUAAUGGAAUUAGCAAUGGACAGCCAUUUCCCAGUGGCCAGGGCCCUGUCUGUGCUAAUGGGACUGAGGAGCCAGAAAAGACCAUGGGCGUUAACCCGGAGAUGUGUGGGUCUCUCCAUCUGAACGGGAGCCCAAGUAGCUGUGUGGCCAGCAGACCAUCUUGGGUGGGGGACAUAGGGGAGAGCCUGCACUACGGACACUACCAUGGGUUUGGGGAUACUGCAGAGAGCAUCCCUGAGCUGAGCAGUGUGCUGGAGCACUCAAGCUGUGUGCGGGUGGAACAGCGCUACGAUAGUGCCGUCUUGGGCGCUAUGCAGCUGCACCACGGCUCCUGAGCCCGGGCCUACCUCAGUUCCUCUGCAGUACCAGCCUGAGGAAAACUGCACAGCCUGUGCUAUAGGUGCCUCCGCUUUCUGAGAGCCCUUGGAUUCAUUCACAUGGUUCCCCCGAGUGAGGCUGUGUGCAGAGGCUUAGAGACAUUUCUCAUGGGGUGGCAGGUCUCCUGCAAGGUACCCUUGGGAGGCUUUUCUUGUUUGACACCAGCCCCCUUUUUUUUCAUGUCAUGAGACAUUGCCACCUUUUUUGUGAACUUUUUGAUCAGGACAAUUUGGGCAUCAUUUGACCCUUAUUGUUUGCUGUAGCAUCCUGAUUACACAGCUACUCCCUGUGCAAGGAGCACCCUUACAGCAGUGUCGUGCAGACCCUGGGAAGGGGACUGUCCUUCGCCACUGACACUGCUGCAGGUGCACUCAGUGGUUGGGGUGUGAUAGCCCCUUCCCUGUAUCGACCGCUGCCUGCGUUUCCUUAGGAACAACCUCUGCCCAAGAUGGAUUAGGGUCUUGUUUUUACUCCACAUUUAUACUUGAUCUCUAGACUUUACCACAGACAGUGGUUUUCUUUAUAUACAGUGGAUGUUGCUGUUUGUAGGAGCUGUUGAGUCAGAAUACUUUACUAUGGUAAAAUAUUUACUAUUUUUUUGUUACUGUUUUUUGAGGUUUUCUGCUUAAAUAUAUAAAUAUAUAUAUCACUAUCCAGUUAAUGGAGAGAACUUGAGUUUCUCUUAUUAAAGCUGCAUUAAAUUCAUGGUUUUAUAGAAAUUAGCUUUUGUUUAGGCAACUAGUGGUUAUACUGCAGAUACCCGAUGACUUCUGAUUUUUGUAAUAAUUGAAUAACUGUCAGUGCAGAUAAAUGGAGAUGACAAAGCCAGUGUGUACUAUCAGGAGUGUAUUAUCAUUUUGUUUUCAAGCUGUUCUUUACAAAUGGAAUAAAAAAGAAAGCUCACUGCU